AUGGGUGUCGUUGCAGUAGCAGGUGGUACCGGCGAUGUCGGUCGGACUAUCACUGAGCAUCUGGCUGGGUCUGGAAAGCACACUAUAUAUAUACUAUCCCGAAAGCAAGGUGAAUCGCCCGUCCCUGGCGCCGAGCUUCUCGUUAUCGACUAUAACGACGCUGAUGCUAUUGCGGAAACUCUUAACGCCAAGGCAGUUGAUACUGUCAUCUCCGCACUGGGACCAGCUGGUGGGGAGGGGCAGCUGAAGCUAAUUGCUGGGGCGAAGAAAGCUUCAAGUACCAGAAGAUUCAUCCCAAGCGAGUAUGCAGCGUAUACUCCUCCUGACGCUGAGGAGAACGAGUUCACUGCCGGGGUCUUACGCGCAGUAGACGCACUCCGUGAAUCGGGUUUGCAGUAUACACGCUUUGCUAUUGGUGUCUUCAUGGAUUACUUUGGCACUCCCAACAUUCCCUCUCACCUUAGCCCCUUUAUCUGGGGUGUUAACAUUGCUAAACGCCGUGCUGCAAUACCUGGUUCCGGAGAUGAAAUUAUAUCAAUGACAUACUCGAAAGAUGUCGCUCGGUUCAUUGAACGCCUACUUGAGGACGGAGAUUGGCCUGAGUAUAGCAUUAUCUCAGGAUCCGAUACGUCGUUCAACCAGAUCCUCGCUCUCGCUCAGGAGUAUACAGGUGAAGAUUUCAGCGUAACAUAUGACAGCAAAGAGAAGCUAGAGAAGAAUGAAACUACUUUACUUGAUGAUUCAAGUUACGGCGGAAUGGAUCCGAGAAUUAUGAUGUCUAUGAUUGGAUUGCAACUCAUCAAGGGAGAGCUGGAGCUACCUAAGGAGGGACGCCUCAAUGAUCGGUAUCCUGAGGUCAAGCCCAUGACAAUUGCUGAGUUGAUAUCUAAGGCGUGGAAGAAGGAGUAA